AUGUCACGUCAAAAAAUGUGAAGCGGUCAGUGAUAAUCCAAUAGUCCUUACAACCAUCAAUUACGACAGUGAUUAACACAAUUGAAAGUUUUUUUAUCUGCAUGCCAUGCCUUAGAGCCAAGCAAUAGAGCAUUUAAGAAAAAUUGAAGCGUGCCAGUAUCAGAAAAUACAAUAUUUUAAUUUAAAUUUAACACCAAUAUACAUCAUAAAUUCAUAAUAUCAAUGUUCUUAGAGUCGUAAUGACAUACAAAUAGAAAAAUCCACGUCUAUUGAUUACGCGAUUACUUUGUCUUUAUAGAUAUCACAGUCCUUCACUUUGCAGCAUCAUCUGGUUCACUGGAAAAUGUCAAAUGUUUAGUUGAACAUGGUGCUGAUGUAAAUUGUGAGAGGCGUAACUUUGGUAGUGCUCUUCACGCUGCAGCGUUAUCUGGUUCACUGGAAAUUGUCAAAUAUUUAGUUGAACAUGGUGCUGAUGUAAAUUGUGAGAGGCGUAAUUUUGGUAGUGCUCUUCACGAUGCAGCGUUAUCUGGUUCACUGGAAAUUGUCAAAUAUUUAGUUGAACAUGGUGCUGAUGUAAAUUGUGAGAGGCGUAAUUUUGGUAGUGCUCUUCGCGAUGCAGCGUUAUCUGGUUCACUGGAAAUUGUCAAAUAUUUAGUUGAAAAUGGUGCUGAUGUAAAUUGUGAGAGGCGUAACUUUGGUAGUGCUCUUUACGAUGCUGCGUUAUCUGGUUCACUGGAAAUUGUCAAAUAUUUAGUUGAAAAUGGUGCUGAUGUAAAUUGUGAGAGGCGUAACUUUGGUAGUGCUCUUUACGAUGCUGCGUUAUCUGGUUCACUGGAAAUUGUCAAAUAUUUAGUUGAAAAUGGUGCUGAUGUAAAUUGUGAGAGGCGUAACUUUGGUAGUGCUCUUUACGAUGCUGCGUUAUCUGGUUCACUGGAAAUUGUCAAAUAUUUAGUUGAAAAUGGUGCUGAUGUAAAUUGUGAGAGGCGUAACUUUGGUAGUGCUCUUUACGAUGCUGCGUUAUCUGGUUCACUGGAAAUUGUCAAAUAUUUAGUUGAAAAUGGUGCUGAUGUAAAUUGUGAGAGGCGUAACUUUGGUAGUGCUCUUUACGAUGCUGCGUUAUCUGGUUCACUGGAAAUUGUCAAAUAUUUAGUUGAAAAUGGUGCUGAUGUAAAUUGUGAGAGGCGUAACUUUGGUAGUGCUCUUUACGAUGCAGCGUUAGCUGGUUCACUGGAAAUUGUCAAAUAUUUAGUUGAAUAUGGUGCUAAUGUAAAUUGUGAGAGGCGUAACUUUGGCAGUGCUCUUCACGCUGCAGUAUUAUCUGGUUCACUGGAAAUUGUCAAAUAUUUAGUUGAAUAUGGUGCUGAUGUAAAUUGUGAGAGGCGUAAUUUUGGUAGUGCUCUUCACGCUGCAGCAUUAUCUGGUUCACUGGAAAUUGUCAAAUAUUUAGUUGAACAUGGUGCUGAUGUUAAUUGUAAAAAGCGUGUCGUUGGUACUCCUCCUAAGUCUACAGUAUCAUCUGGUUCACUGGAAAUUGUCAAAUAUUUAGUUGAACAUGGUGCUGAUGUAACAAAUGAAGAAAUUCUAAUUCUGGCUUGUGAACAUGGAAAUGCGCUAGUUGUUGACUACCAUUUCCAACAUCUGGAACUGAAGAAGUCCAAUAAACAUCGCGAAAAAAUUCAGGUUUUGAAAGCAAUGGACGAUGAAAACUUCGCAAAG